AUGGUCCUCAUUGUCUCAUUAUUACUAUCGCUAUUCAGCUACACACAAGCGGACCCACUUGUAAAAGAAAAGAAGGUUUCCUGCACUUCGUCGAACAUUGAAGUGGCUUUGACAUUUGCGAGCGGGUUUUCCGGUGGAGUUCUUGCCGAAAAUAAUAGAAAAAACGAUCUUUGUAGGUGGAAAGGCGACGGCUCAAAUAAAUUAUCCCUUAUUAUUCCAUUAUUUAAUUCAACAAAAUGCAAUGUGCUGUCGAAUGAGACCUCUGGAAUCUAUAGCAUCAAACUACUAGUGAGCCCCGUUGAGGGGCUCAUUGUUGAUGGUUUCAACGCGAUUAAUGUCAAAUGUGUUUAUGCCACUCAGGAUAUUACAUUGACAUUACCACCAAUCUUCAAUGGAUCCAAUGCGUUACAGAUCACCUCGAUGAAUGAUGAUAAUAGCGUGGUGACAGGAAGUGGAGGCUCACCAUCACUAUCUAUGCAAAUUCUCGAAGGCCAUGGGAUUGAUGGAGCGCCGCUUGUGAAGGCAGCGGUUGGGCAACGAAUCACUUUGGAUGUGGUUUUGCAAAACACUGCAAUUUAUGACUUCUACGUUCACUCUUGUUAUGCGCACGAUGGAAGUAAUUCCCCAGACGCCUCAAUUAACAUUAUCGAUUCUAAUGGAUGCGGUGUGCGAUUAUCAAGGGCAAUUGAUGUACCAGCAAUGACAGCGCAGCCAGUCGCCAAUGGUCCGAAACACGUCUAUUUGCACAUGUAUGGUUUCCAAUUCACCUCCAACAACUUUGUCCAUUUCGAAUGUCAAGUGAAACCUUGCAUAAAAUCGUGUCAUCGGGAGCAAUGCAUUUCCGAACCCGACAACAAAAUCCCGAUGAUCCCAGCGCAUCGUCGGCGUCGCGAGGACACCACAAAAACUGACGUUGCGACACUACGCCUUGAGACGGUGCUCGAAAUCUCGCCGCAAUCAACACUAUCUGCAGCGCUUGUAUCAUCUGAGAACUACGAUGGUACUCGAACGUGCUUUUCGCCGUUUGUUCUCCUUUCAAUCUGCUGCAUUGCCUGUAUAGCAACUGCUCUCAUCGUUUCAUUGGCUCACGUGCUUUAUCGACAAUGUGCAAAGUCCGAAAAAAAUAAUGUGGAUGACAAUGACAGUUUCAAUUCCAGUAUUAACUAA